GCUUUGUUAACAGUCAUAACGUCACAGUAUGUAAGUGUUCAUGAGGGGACAGUCCUAGUAGCUGUCCGAACAUGCUACAAUAUCUUCCUUGCAUCUCGUGACAUGAACAAUCAGGUGACGGCAAAGGCUGCCCUCACGCAGAUGAUCAACAUCAUCUUCACAAGAAUGGAGAAUCAAGCGAUUGAGGAAGCGGCAGAAGAAAGUAGUCGUGACCACAGUUCUAGCAACGCAUCCUCUAACAGUACAGGGAGUCAGCCACAGCUGCAGGAGAAUGGACAGCACGAUCCAGAACCUCGAGUAACCAACGGGGAACCAGAUAUACCAGGACAGACUCCUUACAACGGAACAGAGGAAAAUGAAGACCAACCAAGACAAGACAACACUAAAGCCAAAGAAAGUGUGGCAAUCCCUAAUGGCAGUGUGCUGACUCUUGAUCCCGCACCACAGCGCCAUCUAACAUCACAGCAGAUUGCAACGGAGCUGGUUCAUGAUAUUGUGAACCAGGCCGUUACAGUGGUGACCACAGAGGCUGUCAUUGAGAAUGGAUGCUCAAGCAGUGCAGAAAUUAAUGGCUGUGACACUCAGAACCCUGUGGCUUCAGACACUACUCUCCCAUAUCCAGCAGCAAUACCUCCACAAGUGCCAGAAACAUCAGUAUCUGAGAGCAACCCAGCUUCUGUGCCAGUUCUGCAGGAGGACACUGGACAAGAUAAUUCCUCUGCAUUGCCAGCAGACCGUAGCAAUGAUUCAGUGGCUUCAAAUCCUCCACUCACACCAACUUCCAUCACAAGAGUGCCCUCUCAGGAGAGUAUAAACACAAUGACUGAGGGAGAUACAGCCAUGACAGCAAAGCUGUUUCAUACCCUUCAGAAAGAUGCAUUUCUUGUGUUUAGGUCACUCUGUAAGCUCUCAAUGAAACCUCUUUCUGACUCUCCAGAUCCCAAGUCUCACGAACUUCGAUCCAAGAUCUUGUCCCUUGAGAUGCUCCUGUCUAUUGUGCAGAAUGCAGGGAGAGUCUUUCGUUCAAAUGACACAUUCAUUACUGCCAUCAAGCAGUACUUGUGUGUGGCCCUGAGCAAGAAUGGGGUAUCACCUAUUCCAGAAGUGUUUCAUCUCUCACUUGCUAUCUUCGUUGCCCUACUUUCCAACUUCAAGGCUCACCUAAAGAUGCAGAUUGAGGUGUUCUUCAAAGAAAUCUUCCUGAACAUUUUGGAAGCAGGGAGCUCCAGCUUCCAGCAUAAAUGGAUGGUGAUACAAGCUCUCACCAGGAUCUGUGCAGAUGCUCAGUCUGUUGUAGAUAUUUAUGUGAAUUAUGACUGUGACCUCAGUGCUGCUAAUGUUUUUGAAAGAUUAGUAAAUGACCUCAGCAAGAUUGCUCAAGGAGGCCAGCCAGGAGAAUUUGGUUCCACGCCUCUUCAGGAACGCAGCAUGAGGAUCAAGGGUCUCGAGUGCCUUGUGUCAACCCUCAAGUGUAUGGUUGAGUGGUCCAAAGACCUGUAUGUCAACCCUAACACAUUGUCAAACCCCAGCCAAGAAAAGAAGAAAGACGAGGAGCUGGAAGUGAACCAUUCAUCUGAGGGUAACCGAACACCACUAGCUCGCCAUGGCUCACACAACUCUAUUAAUUCCCUCCAGUCUUCUUCCACAAACACCACUACUUCGACUGUUGGAGUGGAUAAUCCAGAACAGUGCCAGUCCCUCAAACAUCAAAAGGAGAUCUGGGAACAAGGCAUUGACAUGUUCAAUAGAAAACCGCGUCGUGGCCUUGCCUUACUGCAGGCCCAAGGGCUCUUAGGUCCAUCACCUGAAGACCUUGCCAAAUUCUUCCAUGAUGAUGACAGACUGGAUAAGACCCAAGUUGGAGAUUUUCUUGGUGAUCCAGAUCCAGUCAACAAAGAGGUUAUGUGUGCCUACAUUGAUCAAAUGGAUUUUCAUGAACGUGACUUCGUUCCUGCCUUAAGAAUGUUUCUUGAAGGUUUCCGGUUACCUGGGGAAGCCCAAAAGAUUGAUAGACUGAUGGAGAAAUUUGCUUCCAGAUAUUGUGAAUGCAAUGCAAACCUUGGUUUGUUUGCAAGUGCAGACACAGCUUAUGUGUUAGCAUACUCUAUCAUCAUGCUCACAACUGACCUGCACAGUACACAGGUCAAGCAAAAGAUGACGAAAGAGCAGUAUAUCAAGAUGAACCGUGGCAUCAAUGACUCCAAGGAUCUACCGGAAGAAUACCUCUCCAGCAUCUAUGAUGAAAUUGCUGGGAAUGAAAUUAAAAUGAAGGCUACAUCCACCAAACUUGGAAAGCAAGCUGUCGCAAAUGAGAAAAAACGAAAGUUGCUUUUCAACCUGGAAAUGGAAACAAUAUCAGGGACAGCCAAGUCACUUAUGGAAGCAGCUUCUCAUGUUGAUGCAACCUUUACCCUUGCAACUCAUGUGGAACAUGUCCGCCCUAUGUUUAAG